AUGUCCUUCGUAUUGAAGACCUUAGAGAGACUGGUGGACAGAUUUCUCAAGUCCAACUCUCUAAUACAACAACCUCUAGCCGACUCUCAGUACGCUUACAGGGAGGGCAGGUCUACCGAGACCGCCCUACAUCACCUGAUAGGCAAAGUUGAGAGUCAGCUGGAGGCAAAGGGCUAUGCGAUUGGAAUCUUCCUGGACAUCGAGGGCGCUUUCGAUAGCACUUCACACGAGGUGGUAGGGGAGGCACUGAUCAGACAUGGAGUACAAGAACCACUGGUGGACUGGAUAGAAGACAUGCUAGUGGACAGAUGCUUGACGGUGGAGUGCCAAGAUAUCUCCAUCAGAGGAAAACCAACGAGAGGCUGCCCACAGGGGGGAGUUUUAUCUCCUCUGUUGUGGUGUCUAGUGAUAGACGACCUGCUAAAGGAGCUACAGAAGAAAGGUUUCUCGACCUUUGGCUAUGCUGAUGACGUGGCCAUUGUGGUUAGAGGACCAUUUCUCAACACACUAAGGGACCAAGCAAAGGAUACCUUAAGGAUUGUGCAAAACUGGUGUGAGAACAGAGGUCUAACGGUUAAUCCGAGCAAGACAAAUAUUAUGGUCUUCACCAGAAAAUAUAAACCUGAACCCAUAGAGACGUUAAAACUCUGGGGAAAGGAAAUACCGUUUACAGACUCGGUGAAAUACUUGGGACUGAUUCUAGAUCCUAAGCUGAGCUGGGGAAAACAUCUCAUAGAGCAAAGGAAAAAGUUCUAUGCAUCCAUGUGGAUGUGCAGAAGGGCAAUGAGCAAGUCGUGGGGCAUCAGCGCUGGUGCAGCAUUAUGGCUGUACAGGGCGGUCCUGCUGCCGCGGCUGCUAUACGCGUCAGUCGUCUGGUGGACGAGAAUAAAUAAAGGGGAGGUGGAGAAACUACUUAGAAGCCUGCAAGGUAACUACCUAAGGGCUGCAGUAGGGGCCAUGAGAACCACACCCACAGAGGCGCUUGAAAUAGCACUCAUUGUCAGUGUUACGCCAAUAGGAUUGGCUGCGAUAAAAUCAGCCAAUACCACGGCAUACCGCCUGAAAUGUCAGGGUGAAUGGAGAAACACAGGACUGGGACACACCAGGCUAGGUCUUCUCCAAAAGUACCCUAUUGAGGGAAAACAAGACAGAACCACAAGAAAGUAUCAACUGGUAAAACAUUUUAAAUUAUGGAUACCUGAUAGAAACGAGUGGCUGAAACCGGGCGGGAUCAUGGACACAAAGGUGGACAUGUGGUUCACGGACGGGUCAGGCAUAAACAAUUGCUUUGGAGCAGGAGUAUAUGGACCUGGGGAAAACCAUAGGGAGAGUAUUCCAAUGGGAGGCAGCUGCACGGUCUUUAUGGCAGAGAUGCUCGCCAUCCUCAGAUGUGCCGAACUGAUCCUAACCAAGGGAACAAAUUGCAGGAAAAUAUAUAUCUGCACGGACAGUAGGGCAGCCCUUCUGGCGUUGGCGGGUGCGACCACCGAGUCAUACUUGGUAUGGGACUGCAUGCUGGCGCUGGAGGAGCUGUGCGGAAAGAACAAAGUAACGUUAGUCUGGGUACCCGGGCAUCAGGGCAUACCGGGAAACGAAAUAGCAGACUCACUGGCUAGAGAAGGGGCUAGCAAAGCACCACAUAGUCGGGAGGUGGGAGUGCUCUUUACGAUGGGCAAGAACUUCAUCAGAGACAGUAUAAACAAACAACACAAGGCCAGAACCAAAGAACUACUUACACUGAAUAGGCAGAAAUUGAGGAUGGGGAUAGGACUGCUGACAGGACAUUCACCAAUACUCAAAGCCCACCUAUUCAAUAUCAGACUCGCAGACAGGAAGGAGUGUCGACUAUGCGGGGAGGAAAAAGAGGACAGCAUACAUAUUCUGUGCCAAUGUCCGGCUCUGGCUAGAAAGAGAUUCAGGAUCUGGGGACAAAGUUUUCUUAAAUCCUAA